UAUUCGACUAGUACAAACGGCAUCAUGUCGUUGACAACAUGCUUAUGUGCGUUUCUGCUGCUGCUCAGCAGUUCAUCUGCAGAGAUUUUCAAUAAAUCGUGGUGGAACAACACUAUCCUUUAUCAGAUUUAUCCGAAGAGUUUUUAUGAUUCCAAUGCCGAUGGCGUAGGCGAUCUGAAAGGAAUAAUUUCAAAACUAUACUAUAUCGCUGAUUCCGACGUCAAUGCGAUUUGGUUGUCGCCCAUAUAUUUGAGUCCUAUGGCCAAUUCUGGAUACGACAUAUCUAAUUUUACGGAAAUUGAUCCAAUUUUUGGUACAAUGGAUGAUUACAAGGCUCUCUUGGUGGAAGCUAAGAAACUCGGUCUAAAAGUAAUCCUGGAUUUUGUACCUAAUCAUACGUCUGACGAGCACAUAUGGUUCCAAAAAGCUCUUCAAGGCGAUGAGAAAUAUAAAGAAUAUUAUAUUUGGGCAGAAGGUAAAAAUAAAGAUUUCAAAACACCACCUAAUAAUUGGCUCAGUGUAUCCGGUGGCCCCGCGUGGACUUAUGCCGAUUCACUAAAACGGUGGUAUCUUCAUCAAUUCGAAUAUACACAGCCUGAUUUGAAUUAUUCAAAUCCUGCCGUAGUGGAGGAGAUGAAAAAUAUAUUGACAUUCUGGUUGGAUACCGGAAUAGACGGAUUCCGCGUAGAUUCCGCCGCAUUUAUUUUUGAGGAUAAAAAAUUGCGAGAUGAGCCUAGAAGUAAUGCGGCUGGUGAAACACCGCAAGAUUACGAGUACUUGAAUCACAUUUAUACCACUGAUCAAAUAGCUUCUUAUGAGCUAUUUGGAAGUUGGAGAAAAUACCUAGAUGAAUAUGCUGAUCAACAUAAUCAAGAUCAAAAGUUACUGGUGAUGGAGGCGUAUACCAGUUUUCCACAUACGAUUGAAUAUUAUAACUAUAGUGUGUUGCCUUUCAAUUUCGAGUUCAUUAUAAAUGUGACUGCUAAAUCGUCCGCGAAAUAUUUCAAAGAAAAAAUCGAUCUCUGGAUAAACUCAAUACCACAUGAUGAAGUCUCCAAUUGGGUGUUGGGAAAUCCUGACAAUCGACGCGUAGCUUCGCGUUUUCCCGGCAGAUUGGAUCAAAUGACCAUGUUGUCCAUGAUUUUGCCGGGAAUGACAUUGACCUAUAACGGCGAUGAAAUCGGUAUGGUGGACACGGAUAUAUCUUGGAAGGAAACGCAAGAUCCCAAAGCGUGUAACGCGGGCAAAGAUCAUUAUGCCGCUAUAUCUCGCGAUCCAGAACGAACGCCAUUCCAAUGGAGUGCGGAAGAGAACGCAGGUUUUAGUACGGCGGACUCGACGUGGCUUCCGGUGAAUCCAAAUUAUAAAGAGUUGAACUUGGAGCGAGAGAUACGUAGUGAUGAAUCGCACUAUAAAAUCUAUAAAUCCUUAGCCUAUCUGCAUCGAAAGGAACCAGCGCUUACCCAAGGAAGCUAUACAUCGUUCACAACAAACAAUAAUACAGUUCUGGGUGUGAUCAGAAGCAGCGAUGCUCGCACCGUGCUACUUCUGAUUAAUUUCGAGGAUGACAUCUCUCAAACAGUUGAUUUGUCAGAUUAUAAUCUUCCAGCAAUAAUGAAACUAAAAGUUGCUAGCUUGGGUUCUCGUUCUUCUCUAAAAGAAUGGGUUGACAAAAAAAAUAUAUAUUUACCUGAGAAAGCCGCUUUAAUAUAUACGUCUUUCAAUAUUCAAUAAAUAUACUACCUUUGAAGUACAUAUUUAAAUAGAAAUUUUUUCAAUUGUAUAUUUAUAAAUUGUAAUAUUUCCUGGA